AUGGCCAGCGCUCAAGUUUCCUCGGACCUCGUUUGGGAGAUCGUCCGCUCCAACAAUGCCUUCCUCGUCAAGCGCAAGGAGUCUGGUGGUGUCCAGUUCUCCCGCGAUCCCUUGAACUUGACCAACAAGCACUCCCGCAAGCACGCCGGUUUCGUCAACGAGAAGGCUAUCGGUGUUGGCCACAACGAGAAGGGUGGUGUCCAGGUCUUCAGCAAGAAGGGCAGCUCCUACAACAAGCCCGCCGGUGCUACCACCUCCACCACCUACCACGGUGGCAAGAGCUCUCGCAGCACCUACAAGGCUGUUGCCAACCACAGCGCCAAGAACGGUUACCGCCCUGACCUCCGUGAGACCGCUGUCCAGCGUGUCUCUGCUAUCCGCCGAUCCCAGAAGGACCCCAAGCCCACCCCCGAGAGCAAGCCCCGUGGCAACAAGGCCAAGAAGGCUGCUGCCGCUGCUGAGGAAUCAUAG